AUGAAAUUCUCUGUCCCCAAAAAUAUUCUAUUCCUGAUAUUCGGUUUUUUAAUCCUGGAUACUAUAAACCAAUCGCAAGUUUUAGUAUUUUCAUCGUUAGCUGAAAUUAUUCAAGAAAUGAAUAAUCAUACAUUAACAACACACUUUGGAAUUGAGCCAACUGCCACUAGACUAGCAUUCAUGAAUUCGGCAAUGACAAGUGUGGAAGAGGUCGGAGGGAUUUUCGCAAUACUUUGCCUGUUUCCGCUGGCGGAUACAAAGGGUCGAAAGUUUGUAGCUGUUUAUGUUAGAAUUGCUAUAACCCUUCUUGUUGGAUCGUGCCAAUUUUUAGCAGCAGUUUUCCAAGCUUCAGAAGUUUUUCUUUUGGGACAGAUGAUUUUAGGAUCACAUUAUUCUAUACGCCACUUCACGAGCAUUAUGUAUAUUUUGGAGUGUACACCGGACAAUUGUAGAGGAUUCGCUGGAACGUUUCUCGUGUUCGAUUAUGUUUUAGCAAAACUGUUCAUGUUCACUGCAGCGUCUCCAAGUUUACUCGGAACAACAUCUUCCUGGUUCAUUUUCCCGCUCGUCACAAUGAUAAGUUCUGUUGCUGUUCUAUUCUUUUUACUUCGUUUCCCAGAAUCGCCGAAAUGGCUUGUUCAGCAGAAUAGGAUUCAAGAAGCGAAGAACUCCAUAAAAAUUUAUCAUGGGAGGAACUGCGAAAUUGAGCAAGUUGUGACGUCCAUGAUAAAAGAGAAGAAUUUGACUGAUGAGGAAAAACUAACUCUACGCCAAAUUUGGGAAAAUGAGACUUUGCGGCAGGUAGAGUUAGCUUUUUUGUGGAGAUGUAUACAUGUCAGGAUACAGGCAUUUAAAAUUUUGAUGGCUUUGCUGAUUUUCAAUGUUUUUGACACAACUAUGGUUCUAUCAGUUUAUACAAUUCUCCUCCAUAAGGAAGCUGGAUUCACUGUGCAGAUGACUAUGAAUAUCACUCUAAUCCUGACUUUCAUAACGGUCCCGACCAAAUUCUUUGGUACUUUUAUGUUGGAUGGUUUGGGAAGACGACCGACACUUUUAAUUGCUGGUGUUAUGGAAUAUAUGAAAUCGAGUUUACUCUUGACGACUCAAACUAUAAUAUAUUUUGUUGGCUCAAGUCUACUAACUCAAAUUUUGUAUGUGAUUUCCGAAUUUCUAAAUGCAAUCGUUCCUGCAACCGGCGUUCACACUAUUCGCAUACUCUUUGUGACCGAGCUGUUCCCACCGAGCGCACGGACUGCAGUUGCACAGGCGUUAAUGUUUGGUGGUAUGAUUCUGAGCACUCCAAUCACCACAUUGUUCCCAAUAAUAGACUCUAUAUUUCCGCCAAUUUAUUAUUUUCCAUUUGUAAUUGUUCAACUGAUUUUUGGAGUUUAUUUGUAUCGGCACUUGCCUGAAACUAGAGGAAAGUCAGUUUACGAAAUCAUUGAGUCUAUGGAUAACGAAGUUGGAUCUCGGGCGCCGACUAUUUCCACUGAAAAGACACCUCUCCUUAGAGAUCGGGCUACAACUCACGCAAUACGACGAGCAAGCAUUUUGAACACCCCAAGGACUCGGGCUUUGACAAUUCAUCAAAGUCUGCUCUCGAUGAAGUUGUAA